CCCUCCACUUCCUUUAGGUUUAGUUAAAUCUUUCGACCCUUUCGCAACGAUUCAUUGUUUCUUCGCUCGACUUAGGAUCGUACGUAGCUGAGAAGAAGAAGAAAAAGAUGAGUGGAAGUGGGGAUAAUAAAGUUACUGGAACCACAAAGACACCUGCUGAUUUCCUCAAAUCCAUCCGUGGCAGACCUGUUGUUGUCAAGCUCAACUCUGGUGUUGACUAUCGAGGCAUUCUUGCUUGUCUUGAUGGGUAUAUGAACAUAGCUAUGGAGCAGACAGAGGAGUACGUGAACGGGCAGCUCAAGAACAAAUACGGUGAUGCCUUUAUCCGUGGGAACAAUGUUCUUUACAUCAGUACAGUGAACAGACCUUUGGCAGAUGGAGCGUAGACCCUUCCUUAUGCAUCAUCAUCAACAAUGGCCAUCUUAUUAGAUGCUACCUUCUUUGUUGUCUUUCUAAAACAACUAUUGCAACGCUUUCUAUGUACCAAAGAUGUUUGUUUUCUAUAAAUGAAUUUUUGGGAUAAGCAUGUGAACAGCAGAUCUUAUUUAUUUGCCAAGUAGAACAAUGCUGAUUAAUGAUUAAACCAG